GUCACGUGACGCGCGGUCCCCGGCCCGGCAGUCCUUACGGGAGCCCGAUGGGGACAAGCGGGCCGGGGUUUGCGUCUCACCUGCGCUGUGUGGUGAGGGCGCGUCGAACCGCUUAACGAGCACCCCUGCUCCGCCGCCCGCCGGUCCGGAGCGCGGCAGGAGCGGCUGGGCUGGGCUCGCCGGCAGCCUUCCCGCCGCUCUGGAAUGAGUGGGGCUGCAUUCCCAUCUCCAGCUGCCGAGAUGGCAGAAAUUAAUCGCCUUCAGUAUGAAAUGGAAUACACUGAAGGAAUCAGUCAGCGCAUGAGGGUCCCAGAAAAACUCAAAGUAGCUCCUCAAAAUGCUGACCUUGAGAAGGGCGCCCAGGAAGGAUUUCCAAAUGCCAGUGUAACUAUGCAGGUUCCAGAGCGGAUUGUAGUGGCAGCUAAUGUUCUUGCAGGUAAUAGUGAAGACAUUCCAUUUUCCAGACCACCUGACCUUGACCUUCUUCAGUCUACUCCAUUCAAACCGCUGGCAUUGAAAACUCCUCCCCGUGUUAUUUCUCUUAGUGAUCGACCGCUAGAUUUUUUGGACCUAGAAAAACCUCUACAGCAGACACCUCAAAAUGAAGAGAUCCGUGCAGUGGGAAGACUGAAGAGAGAACGUUCCAUGAGCGAAAACGCCACUCGACAGAAUGGCCAGCUGGCCCGAAAUGAUUCCAUGUGGCACAGAUCAGAUACUGUCUCAAGAAAUAAAAUGCCACGGUUCCAGUCACCUCUUUCGACUAAGGAUUGCAAUGUGACACCAUCACUGCAACAGGCUCGUAUCUGUCCUCCCAAUAUGUUACCUGAAGAUGGAACUAAUCUUUACUCUGCUCGUGGCAUUUUGUCGUUUAUCCAGUCUUCCACUCGUAGGGCUUACCAGCAGGUGUUGGAUGUGCUGGAUGAAAACCGCAGGCCAGUGUUACGUGGUGGGUCAGCUGCUACCACUUCCUCUAACCCUCAUCAUGACAACACCAGAUAUGGUCUUUCCAACUUUGAUACUACGCUUGAGGGAACACCAGAUGACAUGACAGUUGUAGAUGCUGCUUCCUUAAGACGACAGAUAAUCAAACUUAAUCGCCGCCUACAACUUCUGGAAGAAGAAAACAAAGAGCGUGCUAAGAGGGAAAUGAUCAUGUAUUCAAUAACUGUAGCUUUCUGGCUACUCAAUAGCUGGCUUUGGUUUCGGCGCUAGACACUGCUCGGAAAGAUUUAGUUCUUGAAAAUACAAACAAUUCACAAAAUUCUUUGUUUCUGUUUCUGAAUUGUAUGCUGUUUUAUAAUUCAUACACUGGAAACUUCCACCACAGAUAAAGGCUGUAGAAUUGCAGUGUUAAACGGACACCUUGUUGUUCAGUUAUAAUGUAUUUAACAGAUUUGCAUUGCAAAUAGUUGCAGCAUCCCCCUUUGCAUGCUUCAGUGUAAAUAUGGAUCAGCUGAUAUGAAGUUUGCUUCAUGCAAUGUAAGGACAAUGAUCUACAGGAAUAAUCACUGGAUGUUUUGUUGCGGUGGGAACAGAACAAAUGGAGUGGGUUUGGAGAAAAUGUAAAAACAAAGGAAUAAAAAGUAGGCUUUAUUGUUCUGUUGUUAGAUGCAAUUAAACAUGAUUGCACUAGUUUUCCUUUAGUCUGAAUAGUUUGAGGUGUGCCAUAUUCAAGGAGUGUGUCCUGUUUCAUGAGGAUGUUACUUGUUUAAGUACAUGUUCAGGUCAGAUAAUAAAAGGAAUUUUUUGCUAACAUGCAGAUUGUCCAGAGGUGUGUACUAUGUAUUUUUUUUAGUGUUAACUUUGCAGAUGUUUUUCUAUAAAAUACAUUUUUAAGCAAGUCAGUGUAUGAGUGAUCAAAAGAUUAUGGAGUACAAGAUACUGAUGUAGUAUAUUUAAUAAAACUAUCAAACCGCAUCCAAA